CCACCAAGAAAGACCAACAUGCGAACCGAUACCCUCUCUCUUCUCGCCGCCCUUGCUGCGCUCACCGACCUCGGCCACGCAGAAUGUCCCGUCGGCGGCGACACCUCUAUCCUGGCCAACACCGGCACUCCCUAACACUUUACAUCACCCGUCCACCCCUCCACUCUUCCGCCAACAUCCAUCCAGACACCGCAAUCCUUUUACUCUCUGACAGCUCCGGCCUCGACUCCCCUGCAAACCUUCUCCUCGCCGACUCCUUCGCCCGCGCAGGCUACCUCACCGUCGUACCAGACCUCUUCUCUGGCUCCCCCUCCCCCAUCGACCUGACCACGCCCGGCUUCAACCUCACUUUGUUCCUCUCUGAACAUCCACCGAGCGUCACGGACCCCAUCAUCGCUUCUACCAUCUCCUUCCUCCGCUCCUCCUUGAACGUAACUCGUAUCGGAGCUGCGGGUUACUGUUUCGGCGGCCGCUAUGCCUUCCGCUUCCUCGAUGACUCCCUUCCUCCCAAUGAAAGGGUAGAUGUAGCGUUUGUUGCCACCCCAACUCUGCUACAGGACGACGAGGUACUGGAGAUCGAUGGACCAGUGAGCGUGGCGGCGGCAGACAAUGAUGGGAUGGUGAGUGCGGCUAGGCGGGCCGAGAUUGAGGCGCUGUUGCUGGAGACGGAGCAGGAGUACAUGGUUAGUUUGUACUCGGGUACUCUUCAUGGAUUUGCGAGUAGUGCGGAUGUGAGUGGAAGAGAACAAAGAUUUGCGAAGGAGAGUGCGUUCUUGCAGGCGGUUAGGUGGUUUGACGAGUUUCUUGGAAGGGGGUGGAGUGGGUGCUGGUGAGGUGGAUUGAGGUGUCCGAAUUUUGGAUACAAAGGAAGUGGGCGGAUGUUGUUGGUGUUGGGGUUGGUGUUGGCGUUGGGACAGGAUGUUGGCGCUGAGGCGAGUGUUGGUGAUGGGUGACAGACGCCAGCUGGACAGCGCUUCAACAACAAUGAGAUACGCCAAUACUUACUUCACG